AUGACCACUGCAGGCUUGGUCGCUCGAAGCGCCGCUCGCUCGGCAACAGCAAAGAGCCUCAACAAUGCUGCCAAGGUCGCCUGCGCCACACCAUCGCAGGCUCGCGGCCUUGCAACCGUCACCGACACCCCCGUUCGCUCCUUCGGUGGUCUCCGUGACCAGGACCGCAUCUUCCAGAACGCCUACAUGCGCCACGAGCACGGUCUUAAAGGCGCCAAGGCACGUGGUGACUGGCACCGCACCAAGGACAUCCUUCUCAAGGGUCACGAUUGGAUCAUUUCGCAGAUGAAGGAGUCCGGUAUGCGUGGUCGUGGUGGUGCCGGUUUUCCCUCCGGUCUCAAGUGGAGUUUCAUGAACAAGCCAGGAUGGGAGAAGGAUCCUCGCCCUCGUUACCUUGUCAUCAACGCCGAUGAGGGUGAGCCUGGUACCUGCAAGGACCGAGAGAUCAUGCGUGGUGAUCCCCACAAGCUUAUCGAGGGCUGCCUUGUCGCUGGUCGCGCCAUGAACGCCAACGCUGCCUACAUCUACGUUCGAGGAGAGUUCUACCUUGAGGUCGCCCACCUUCAGCACGCUAUCAAGGAGGCCUACGACGCUGGUCUCAUUGGCAAGAACGCUUGCGGUUCCGGUUACGAUUUUGACGUCUAUGUUCACAAGGGUGCCGGUGCCUACAUUUGCGGUGAGGAGACCGCCCUCAUCGAGUCGCUCGAGGGUAAGCAGGGUAAGCCUCGUUUGAAGCCUCCCUUCCCCGCCGAUGUCGGUGUCUUUGGUUGCCCCACCACCGUCGCCAACGUCGAGACCGUCGCCGCUGCACCUACCAUCAUCCGACGAGGCCCAGCGUGGUUCGCCGGUUUCGGUCGUGACAAAAACCAGGGUACCAAGCUCUUCGCCAUCUCUGGUCACGUCAACACGCCAUGCGUCGUCGAGGAGGAGAUGUCGAUCCCACUCAAGGAGCUCAUCGAGCGUCACUGCGGUGGUGUCCGUGGUGGUUGGGAUAACUUGCUCGGUAUCGUCCCUGGUGGAUCUUCCGUUCCCAUCCUUCCCAAGCACAAAUGCGAGGAGGUCCUCAUGGACUUUGACUCGCUCCGUGAGAACCAGUCUUCGCUCGGUACCGGUGCCGUCAUUGUGAUGGACAAGACUACCGACGUUGUUCAGGCCAUCUCUCGUUUCGCUAAGUUCUACAAGCACGAGUCGUGCGGUCAGUGCACUCCAUGCCGAGAGGGUACUACUUGGCUCGCCAACAUGAUGGAGCGUUUCGAGGAAGGCCGUGGUAACAACCGUGAGAUCGACAUGAUCUACGAGUUGACCAAGCAGAUGGAGGGUCACACCAUCUGUGCGCUUGCCGAUGCAGCUGCUUGGCCCAUUCAGGGUUUGCUGCGUUGGUUCCGACCCGAGAUCGAGGAGAGGAUGCGAUUGUACCAGGAGAAGAACGGUCCUGUGCUUGUCGGUGGAAGGAGGUUGAAGGAUAUGGACCCUCAGUACGCCUUCCCUGCUAACAUGGGUACUCCUGUUUCGCCAAAGGCUCUUGCUCAGUCGCAGUAG